AUGCAGAGUGGUAAUAUGGUCCGGAAAAAGAACCCCCCUCUGAGAAACUUUGCUAGUGAAGGCGAGGGCCAGAGCCUGGAGCCUAUCGGUGCAGAAAGCAAGGUAUCGGCGAAGAACAAAGAAUUCUCUGCAGAUCAGAUGUCAGAAAACGCGGAGCAGAGCGACGCUGCAGAGCUAAACAACAAGGAGGAGCAGAGCUUGCACGUCCAAGACCCACCUUCCAGCAGCAAGAAGGACGCAGCAAGCUCGGUCCUGAGUGAGAAGCCUGGCUUCAAUUAUGAAAGCCCCAGUAAGGGAGGAAACCUUCCCUCCUACCUACAUGAUGAGGUGACAGAUAGAAAUAUGCUGGCUUUCUCGUCUCCAGCUGCUGGGGGAGUCUGCGAGCCCUUGAAGUCUCCUCAGAGAGCAGAGGCAGAUGACCCCCAAGAUAUGGCCUGCACCCCAUCCGGGGACUCGCUGGAGACGAAGGAAGACCAUAAGAUGUCACCAAAGGCUACCGAAGAAACGGGGCAAGCGCAGGGUGGCCAAGCCAAUUGUCAAGGCUCGAGCCCGGUGUCAGUGGCCUCCAAAAACCCACAAGUGCCUUCAGAUGGGGGUGUGAGACUGAAUAAAUCCAAAACGGAUUUACUGGUAAAUGACAACCCAGACCCGGCACCUCUGUCUCCAGAGCUUCAGGACUUUAAAUGCAAUAUCUGUGGCUACGGUUACUACGGCAACGACCCCACAGAUCUGAUUAAACACUUCCGAAAGUAUCACUUAGGACUGCACAACCGCACCCGGCAGGACGCGGAGCUGGACAGCAAAAUCCUAGCCCUCCAUAACAUGGUGCAGUUCAGCCAUUCCAAAGACUUCCAGAAGGUCAACCGUUCCGUGCUUUCUGGCGUGCUGCAGGACAUCAAUUCUUCGAGGCCCGUUUUACUCAAUGGGACCUAUGAUGUACAGGUCACUUCAGGUGGGACAUUCAUUGGCAUUGGCCGGAAGACGCCCGAUUGCCAAGGCAACACAAAGUAUUUCCGCUGCAAAUUCUGCAACUUCACUUACAUGGGCAACUCGUCAACCGAGCUAGAGCAACAUUUUCUCCAGACCCACCCGAACAAAAUAAAAGCUCCUCUCCCCUCCUCGGAGGGCGCCAAGCCCUCAGAGAAAAACUCUAGCAAAUCCAUCCCUGCGCUUCGACCCAGUGACUCCGGAGACCUGGGCAAGUGGCAGGACAAGAUCACGGUCAAGGCGGGCGAUGACACUCCCGUGGGCUACUCGGUGCCCAUCAAGCCCCUGGAUGCCUCCAGACAAAAUGGUACGGAGGCCACCAGCUACUACUGGUGCAAGUUUUGCAGUUUCAGCUGCGAGUCCUCCAGCUCGCUGAAGCUGCUGGAGCAUUACGGCAAGCAGCACGGGGGAGCUACGUCAGGCGGCCUGAAUCCAGAAUUGAACGACAAGCUUUGCAGGGGCUCGGUCAUCAAUCAGAAUGACUUAGCCAAAAGCGCAGAAGGGGAGCCCCUGGCCAAGGCCGAGAAGGGCUCCGGGGGGACUAAAAAGAAGGACCUCUCCGCCAAGGGGGCCGAGGACAACGUGGUGACAAGCUACAACUGUCAGUUCUGCGACUUCAGGUAUUCCAAAAGCCAUGGCCCCGACGUCAUCGUGGUGGGCCCGCUGCUCCGUCAUUACCAGCAGCUCCAUAACAUCCACAAGUGUACCAUCAAGCACUGUCCCUUCUGCCCCCGAGGCCUCUGCAGCCCGGAGAAGCACCUGGGAGAGAUCACCUACCCGUUCGCGUGCAGGAAGAGCAGCUGCUCCCACUGCGCGCUCCUGCUUCUGCACUUGUCUCCCGGGGCGGCCGGGAGCUCCCGGGUCAAGCACCAGUGCCACCAGUGCCCCUUCUCCACGCCCGACGUGGACGUGCUCCUCUUCCAUUACGAGAGCGUCCACGAGCCCCAGGCCUCGGACGUCAAACAGGAGGCCAACCAUCUGCCAGGGGCCUUGGACGGGCAGCCGGCGGCCAAGGACAGCAAGGAGCACGCGUGUACCAAAUGCGAUUUCAUCACCCAGGUGGAGGAAGAGAUUUCCCGACACUACAGGAGAGCCCACAGCUGCUACAAAUGCCGCCAGUGCAGCUUCACCGCGGCCGACACGCAGGCACUACUGGACCACUUCAACACUGUUCACUGCCAGGAGCAGGACAGCACUACAGCCAACGGCGAGGAGGAUGGGCAGGCCGUGCCCGCCAUCAAGGAGGAGCCCAAGAUCGACCUCAAGGUCUACAGUCUGCUCAACCCGGACUCUAAAAUGGGAGAGCCGGUCCCCGAGAGCGUGGUGAAGAGGGAGAAGCUGGACGACAAGGACGGGCUCAAAGAGAAAGUGUGGGCCGAGAGUCCCAGCGAUGACCUCCGCACCAUGGCCUGGAGGGGGGCGGACAUCCUCCGGGGCAGCCCCUCCUUCACUCAGACAAGCUUGGGGCUCCUGACGCCGGUGGCCGGCACCCAAGAGCAGACCAAGACGCUGAGGGACAGCCCCAACGUGGAAGCUGCCCACCUGGCCCGCCCAAUCUACGGCCUGGCCGUGGAGACCAAGGCCUUCCUGCAGGCGGUGCCCGCAGGCGGAGAGAAGUCCGGGGCCAUCAGCCAGCAGUACCCUCCUGCAGAGAACAAGGCCAAGGAUGAGUCCCAGUCCCUGCUACGGAGGCGUAGAGGCUCGGGUGUUUUCUGUGCCAAUUGCUUGACCACAAAGACCUCUCUCUGGCGAAAGAAUGCCAAUGGCGGAUACGUAUGCAACGCGUGUGGCCUCUACCAGAAGCUUCACUCGACUCCCAGGCCUUUAAACAUCAUUAAGCAAAACAACGGUGAGCAGAUUAUUAGGAGGAGAACGAGAAAGCGCCUUAACCCGGAGGCCCUGCAGGCUGAGCAGCUCAACAAACAGCAGAGGGGGGGCGGCGAGGAGCAAGUCAACGGCAGCCCCUUAGAGAGGAGGUCGGAAGAUCACUUAACGGAAAGCCACCCGAGAGAGAUUCCGCUCCCGAGCCUGAGCAAAUACGAAGCCCAGAGCUCAUUGACUAAAAGCCAUUCUGCUCAGCAGCCAGUCCUGGUCAGCCCAUCUCUGGAUAUCCACAAAAGGAUGCAACCUUUGCACAUUCAGAUCAAAAGUCCUCAGGAAAGUACUGGAGACCCAGGAAACAGUUCCUCUGUGUCCGAAGGCAAAGGAAGUUCUGAGAGAGGCAGCCCCAUCGAAAAGUACAUGAGGCCCGCCAAACACCCAAACUACUCGCCCCCAGGCAGCCCUAUCGAGAAGUACCAGUACCCCCUCUUUGGACUCCCCUUUGUCCACAAUGACUUCCAGAGUGAAGCUGAUUGGCUGCGGUUCUGGAGUAAAUAUAAGCUCUCGGUUCCUGGGAAUCCGCACUACUUGAGUCACGUGCCUGGCCUACCAAAUCCUUGCCAAAACUAUGUGCCUUAUCCCACCUUCAACCUGCCUCCUCAUUUUUCAGCUGUUGGAUCAGACAAUGACAUUCCUCUAGAUUUGGCGAUCAAGCAUUCCAGACCUGGGCCAACUGCAAACGGUGCCUCCGCCAAGGAGAAAACGAAGGCACCCUCCAGUGUAAAAAAUGAAGGUCCCUUGAAUGUAGUGAAAACGGAGAAAGUCGACAGAAGUACUCAAGAUGAACUUUCCACGAAAUGUGCGCACUGCGGCAUUGUCUUUCUGGAUGACGUGAUGUACGCUUUGCAUAUGAGUUGCCAUGGGGACAGUGGACCUUUCCAGUGCAGCAUAUGCCAGCAUCUUUGCACGGACAAAUAUGACUUCACGACUCAUAUCCAGAGAGGCCUGCAUAGGAACAAUGCACAAGCAGAAAAAAACGGAAAACCUAAAGAGUAA